CUCACGCGCUUGGGCGUCGCCGUGCGCCCACGGCUGCCGCGCUCGGCCGCGGUCUCGACGGCGGCGGCCGCUGAGGUCGGCGGGGCCAUCGACUACACCUCCUACCUCACUCGCCGCAGUCGGUCCCGCAGGCCUUCUGCGAUUCGCGCGCUGCAGCCGCUCGUGGCGAUGCCCGGCAUGAUCUCGCUUGGUGGCGGGAUGCCCAACCCGUCCACGUUUCCCUUCGCAAAGCUGACCGCCGAGCUCACGGAUGGGACGUCGGUGGAGCUGAGCGGAGCCUCUCUCGAGGCGGCGCUCCAGUACAGCCCGACGCAGGGCCUGCCCGCGCUCGUGGCGCACCUCGAGCGGCUGCAGGACGAUGAGCACGGCCGCGCGAGUGAGGACCGACAGCUCUGCGUCACGACGGGGAGCGCCGACGCGCUCUCCAAGGCGUUCGACGCCCUCCUGGUCGAGGGCGACGCGCUCCUCGUCGAGUCGCCCACGUACUCGGGCUCGCUCGCCUACCUGCAGCCGCUCGGCUGCCGGCUCGUCGGCGUGCCGUGCGACGGCGCCGGGCUGCAGCCGGCGGCGCUCGAGGCCGUGCUGGCCGGGUGGGACGAGGCCAGCGAAGGGGCUCGCCGGCCUCGCGUGCUCUACACGAUUCCGACCGGGAGCAACCCGACGGGGGCGUCGCUCGACGCGGAGCGGAAGCGCGACUUGUACGCGGUCGCGCGGCGGUACGGCCUGAUCAUUCUGGAGGACGACCCGUACUACUGGCGCGCAACUCUGGCGUGGAUGGUGCUCUGGAGGCGCAGCGGUGGCCCGGCGGCGCUGAUCGAGCGGCUCGAGCUGCACACGCAGGCGAGCAACCUGCACACGUGCGGCGUGGCGCAGGCGCUCGUCGCAGCGCUCUUCGACGUGUGGGCAGAGCGGCACGGCGGCGACGCGUCCGCCGGCUUCGCCUCGCACAUGGACGGCGUGGCCGACUUUUACAAGGAGCGGCGCGACGUCUUCAUCGACGCGGCGGAGCGCCACCUGGCCGGGCUCGCAGACUGGUCCGUCCCGACGGCGGGCAUGUUCUGCUGGAUGCGGCUGCGGGGCGUCGACGACUCGCACGCUCUCAUCUCGGCAAAGGCGCGCGACGCCAAGGUGCUGCUGGUGCCGGGGCAGUCCUUCAUGCCGUGCGGCUCUGCGUCGCCGUACGUGCGAGCGGCCUACUCGACGGCGUCGCCCGAGCAGAUCGACGAGGCGCUCCGGCGGCUCGCGGCGCUGCUCCGCGAUGCAGAGGGGGCGAGGAGCGACUAGCCGCCGGCCACACAGCCCACGGCCACGCCGACGCGCACACAGCAGUCAGCACAUCUCCACAGACCACACACUCACAGCUCACACCCACCAGACACACUUGUCACUUAGUACCCCGCUCCCCCUGCCGCUCCCGGCGCCCGCGCCCGUCGUGCGCGUUGGGGUGGAGAGAGUUUGAUAACGACUAACGAACUGAAGAAUUUAAUUUGCAU